ACUUUUCACCCGGACGACACAGUCACACUCAGGACGACGGUCCAUCAACACCUGCAGUGCUCCGCCAUCGCGGUUUAGACCGGACGGUACCUGCCUAUACCAACCUGAUACCAUCUUUGUGCACCGUGGGGUUUAUUCCGCGCACACACACACGCCCGACGAUUUAAACUGUAAACAAAAACCCCAUCGCGAAUUGACGACAACAGGAUAAUAUUUCACACACGUCCAAGACAUAAUAUAUACGAAAGUUUACGCCUCAUUCGCCGUCGCCCGUCUUAUAACGGCACGUCAAACCACCGGGUGACACACGGACGUGUCAUUUUAAUAUUAUUAUAUAAUAAUAUAUUAUCGAAAAGUUCGCUCCGUAGCUAUGUACAGAUUCCAAGACGUAGCCCGUCCAGCGGCGACGGCGGCCAAACAUUUUGUCGGCGCACCACUGAGAAUGGCAUCAUCAAUUUGUCCCGGAGAAUAUGCUGCACCGUCGGUCGAAACGUCAGUACCAGGACCGAAGUCAAAAAAACUACUUGCUGAUCUUUCACAAAUGCAGCAAUCUGGUUCGGUUCAGCUAUUCGCUGACUAUAACAAAUCACUGGGAAACUACUUGGUUGACGUUGACGGUAACGUUCUGUUGGACGUGUACACGCAAAUUUCGUCAUUGCCGUUGGGUUACAACCACCCGGACAUGUUGAAAGUAUUGGACAGCGAUGAGAACAAAAGAGCCAUCGUCAAUCGUCCGGCGUUGGGUGUGUUCCCAGCUGCCGAUUGGCCAGUGAAACUACGAGACACACUUAUGAGUGUCGCACCUAAAGGUAUGGACUCUCUAACGACCAUGAUGUGUGGGUCUUGUUCCAACGAGAACGCGUACAAAAAUAUGUUCAUGAAGUACCAGCGGGAUAAAAGGGGAGGCACUUCGGACUUCACAGACUUAGAGAAGGAGUCAUGCAUGAUUAACAUGCCGCCAGGCGCACCCAAGCUAUCUAUACUGUCGUUCAAGGGUUCGUUCCACGGCCGCACACUGGGCGUCCUAUCUACCACGCAUUCUAAGUACGUGCACAAGUUGGACGUGCCCGCGUUUGACUGGCCAAUGGCAAGAUUCCCCGAGUACAAGUAUCCGCUGCAUGAGAACCUCAAGGAAAAUGAACAAGAAGACGAACGUUGCUUGGCUGAAGUGGAGGAACUGAUAGAGAAGUGGGAAAAGAAGGGCAACCCCGUGGCCGGAAUCGUCGUGGAGCCCAUCCAGGCGGAAGGCGGAGACAACCACGCAUCGCCUUAUUUCUUCCAGAAACUUCAGAAGAUUGCCAAAAAGUACAACGCGGGAUAUCUAAUCGACGAGGUGCAGACAGGCGGCGGCCCCACCGGUAAAAUGUGGUGUCACGAGCAUUUCGAUCUGGAAACUUCGCCCGACAUCGUUACUUUUAGCAAGAAAAUGCAGACCGGUGGAUACUACUUGAAGAAGGAAUUCUUACCCGACUUGCCGUACCGUGUGUUCAACACUUGGAUGGGAGAUCCGACCAAAAUCGUAUUGCUCGAUGCUAUAUUGAAGGUGAUCAAGAGAGAAAAUCUGUUGUCGGUGGUCGAAAAGUCCGGCGAUGUACUCAUGUCCGGACUCAGAGACUUGGAAGCCGAGUUCCCAGCACUAAUCAACUCCACCAGAGGCCGCGGUACAUUCAUAACGUUCGAUGCUGCUGACGCAAAACUCCGAGACGACAUCGUCAAAAGACUUUUAGCCAAAGGAGUCCAAUCCGGAGGAUGUGGAGUAGUGGGUAUUAGAAUGCGACCGGCGUUGAUCUUUCAACCACAUCACGCUCACAUGUUCAAUGACAGACUUCGCCAGGUGUUGGUCGAAACUAAAUAGGUUACACGUUAUAUUGUACAACUAUUAUACGCGUGUAGUAUGAGCAUUUGUUUAUAAUAUUGUGAUAUUAUCGAAAAAUAUGUCUUCCAAUUUUAACAUAAAGCUUUUUAAAAAUGAACGUAAACAAGUCUUCCAAAAUAUUUUACACAAUUAUUACGAAUAUUGAAUUGUAUGUAAUUAAUUACAAAGUAGAUAUUAUAUAGUGCUAUUUUAUGUUACUGUUAUUAUUUUACGUUUUAUUAUAAUAUUUAUUAUAAUUUAUACUUAUUUAAUAAUAUUUAUGAUAAUUUAUAUUUUAUGCUAAGGUAAAACGAGUGCUUCCAAAUGUUUUAAUGUUAUCGCUAACGGAUCGCAUAUUGUGUUCCAUUUACGUGAGUUCAAAAAUUUUGUUAAAAUAUAAUACAUAAAAUACAUAAAAUUAUAAUAACUAUGUA